AUGCAAUUUGACAAAGUUCUGACCGCGAUAGUGGACGCGAAGGCUGCCGCGAGGCAGGACUUGGAGGAGACCAAGCAGAAGAAAGCCGACGAGGCGGCCUCGCAAUCCGCAAUGGGGAUGUGGGCCAUCAACCAGGGCAACGCCCGAUGCGGGCCGGGCGCGAAGGCUACAUCAUUCGAAGAAGCUGUUGCCGCCGACAACAUCGCGUUGGGUUCCCGCUCCGGUGCAGUGGACGGUGGCCGUGCCAGCGGUCGGGUGAGUCCGGCCAGCAGCAUCGGGGGGGCGAGGCCCGCGUCGGAGGCUUCGGCGGGUGGCGCUGCCAGCGGUCGAUCGAGUCCGACCAUGAGUUCGGGCGGGCUAGACGACGACUUAUCGCCCGCGGAGAGCGGGCCAUCGAGGAAGUUUCCAACGCUUGGCGAAUUGGUGAAGCACAUGGGGUCGCUGAGCAUUCCGACGCUUGCGCAAAGUGCCGGGGUCACCACGGAGGAGGCGGACUACUUCCUCAACACGGGCUUCACGCCCGACGAAGUUCAGCCGGAAAGGGCCGUGGCCAUGAUGGUUACGAAGCGGGUGGCGAGGUUGUUGGUGCUUGGCGCCGGCGUGACGAACUCCGGGCUGUCCGCCGCCGGUCAGACAUCCAUCCCCACUGGUUGGGGUUGCUGUUGCUGCAGUUGCUAGGGCAUGCGUUGCAUGUGUUGUU